AUGAUUGCAAAAAAGGCAGUUGUAGCAGGAGCCACAGGAAGUGUCGGACGUUUGAUUGUGCAGACUUGCAUAGAAGAUCCCAGAAUUGAAAAGGUCACAGCUGUGGUUCGUCGAACAGUGUCAAGUGAAAAAGCAGAAGAACUAUGGGGAUCUUCCGACAGUUCCAAGUUGUCGCAGCUAGUGGUGGAUUAUCCUUCUCUCACUGUCGAUGAUGCCAAGCUGAAGGAAGGCUUCCAGGGGUGUGAUGCCUUCCUGACCGGCCUUGGUGUAUACUCCGGCAAUACCAAUCGAGCGAAGAUGGAAAGUGCGGAAAUAAAACACAAUUCUAUCCUUGCAAAAGUAGCCCAUGAAGCUGGAGCAAAGCGGGGAUCCUAUCUGAGUGGUCAAGGUGUCCUGCAACCCAAGAGAGAAGGAAAAUCCAGGAUCAUGUUUGCUCAAAUCAAGGGUCAAGCAGAAGAAACCUUGGCUGGAAUCUUUAUUGGUGACGAUGAAGCACAUGUGUCCGUUCGACCAGGUGGUAUAUUCGAUCGCCCUGGACCACCCGUAUAUGGAUUUUUCGAUGCGAUGCUGGCCAAGUGGCCUUUGAAAAAGUUGAAGGAAACAAAGUAUGGAAUUUCAGCUAAUGAUAUUGCCAAAGGAAUGGUACAAGGAGCUCUGUUUGACGACAGUGAAACCGUAAAAGGGAAUACCGUCUGGGAGAAUAACACCAUCAAAGAGGCAGCUAGAAGAUACGAGACGUACUUUAAAAACAAUGGAAAUUGA